AUGGAUGUUUCGUCAAUGAACGAACAAUUAAAGGAAUUUAUUCAGAAUGAAAUUAAUGUGACGUGUAAUAAUAGAAUUGAAGAAUUCGAAACGAAACAACGUAUUUUGGGAAAUUCAAUAUCGGAGAUGUAUAAUAAAAAUCUAAGAUUGUCACAGGAUACUUUAAAUCAGCAAUUAGAAAAUUUAACAAUCAGUUUCAAAAUGUCACAAAUGACGAAUGAUGAAACAAUUGAAAGGUUUGUCAACAAUUCAAUGGCUCAAAUUGACAGGGAAUUUGACAAAAAGCUGGAAGAGAUGAAAAAGAAAAUACUUGCUGAGCAUACAGCUAAAUUGCACAAUUUUAACCAAUUGUAUGAAGAGAAAUUUGAGAACUUUACACGUGACACUAGUUAUAGGAUUGAGAUGCUAUCUAAAUCUGUGAUACAAGAAAAACACACUUUGAUUCCAAAGGAGAAAGAAUUUAACAAUACAGAAACAACAACUGACUCAGCUGGUAAAGAGUUUUACCUAAUAUUUCUCGACAACUUAAACAGUCGAACAGAAGUACGACUUUAUAUGGUUCCCAGGCAAACUGGAAUAUGUAACAUUUAUAUUCCUUAUCUUUCCACAAAUAAGUCAGUUGAUGUGUCUAAUACCAGCACAAGUUCUUACAUAAUUAAUCGAAAUAUUCUAAUGAAAUAUAUAGGAAUUGAAAACAAAAGUGUACAUAUAAAAUGUAAUGUUGAUAUAAGUUUAUUUGGAAUGAAUUAUGCCACCCGAAAUUCAGACGGAUAUAUAGCAUUACCGUUUAAUCGUCUGGGUCAACGACACGUCGUUCCAACAUUCAAAGUGCAGCGAGGGCCAGCUAAUGUUGGGGUUGUUUCACCAUUAGAUAAUACGGUUAUAACAAUAUUACUGAAAACAGCAGGUGGAUCAGUAACUUAUGGAGGAAAUAAUUACUAUUCGGGUCAAUCUUUUUCCGUCACAUUAUUACAGUAUCAAACAUUUUACAUUUCACAUAACCAUGAUCUCAGUGGAACAAUUAUAUCAUCCUCUAAGCCAGUAGCUGUAGUUUCCGGAGUACAGAUGAGUGUUAUGAACGAUGAAUGCUGUAACCAUAUGACAGAAAUGAUUUUACCUGCCAGACAACUAGGCAAGGAUUUUAUUGUUCCGGUUCUUUAUAACUCCCAGUGCAAUGUCAGAAUAUUAGCUGAUAGGUCGUCUGAAAUAUCAAUACAUGGAUCAAAAAUGCAAAACAAAACACUUCAAGCAGGAGAGUUUCUUGAGUUGACCAAUUAUGUCACCACAACAAUUAACUCAAACCACGGUAUUCUCGUACAGAUUUAUUGUGACACAACUUCGCAGACAAAAACUUAUGAUUCUAUAAUGGUUACACUUCCGAGCAUUCAACAUUACAAAUCAGAGUAUCAGUUAGUCGUGGUCUCUGACUUUCCCGAUGAUCAACCACCUGACCAUUUUUAUAUUACUAUAAUGAUACGGUCAGAUGCUAUUCAUGGGAUACGAUUAGAUGGUAAAUCUAAAAUACAGUAUAUUUAUACAUCUAAUAACAUUUCAAUGCUAGCUCAAUCAUAUCUCGUUCUGAUACAUGAAAUUCAACCAGGAGGGCAUACAAUUGAGCAGAUAGACGACGUACCCUUUGGUCUUAUUGUAAAUGGGAAAACAACACUUGAAGGAUAUGGAUAUCCUGCAGGUUUUAGACUUAAUCCAUGA